CCCUGUACGUUGACACACAAAUCCCCAUUUCUCAUAUUUAUAUAGUGUUAGAUUCAUUUAUCUCAUUCCAUUUAAAAUUCUUAUUUGAUCUUUAUAUGACUAGUGCUGUUAUUACCUGUUUUUCUCAUCCAACACAUUUCAUUGUACCAUAGACCCUGUGUUAACCUACAAAUGACUAGUAAAACUGAACUCUGAACUGAACUGUCAACUGUGGAACAGAUGAUUUGCCCGCAUCAUUUUUCAAGGCAGACAUUUUAACAGGUCAUAGCAGUAAAAGCACAGGUGUAACUAAUAACAUUAACAAUGGCUGCAUUCCAUUUAGGUGGUCCAGGUCCAGGGCCCCACUGUUGUGCACUAGCAUAGCUUACUGGAAGCCAAUAUGUCUGCCAUGAAAAAAGCACAUACCUGUCUGUAUGAUCAGGUCUUUGAACCACAGUAAUACCCCACCCACACCUGACUCCACAGAGCUCUCCUCCCUUCAUGGUCUGCUGGCUGUAGUCUGCGUCUGCAUCCUGGCCUCCACUCUCUUACCUCCUGUACCACCCCGGCCCUACAAACACACAUACACUCAACCUCCUGAGCCAUCUGCGUCUCUGGUCCAGGUCUAGAGGAAUGUUGAGUGUCUCUAUAGCCCCCUCCCUGGAGAUUAGGCUUCACCAUCCAUACCCCCCCUCACUUCAUUCCAUUCCAAAGUAUGCCCCCUAAGAGCUGCUGCAUUUUUAUCUGAGCCUGGUGAUUGUGACAGAUUGGCAAAUGACACACAUACACAAACACACAUUCGUGGACACAUGCUGAGGCACAAACAGAGGGGAGGCUGGUCCGCCUGGGGAGGGAUCAGACAGCGCCGGGGUCCAGCUAUAAAACUGUCCCGUGAUGAGGCCAGUGUGCUGCCCUGAGCUGGACAGUACCUCCCUCCUCUGUGUCAGGACGCCGUCAGGACAGGCAGCAGACGAGCCUCCAACAUGAACGACAUCUACAAGGCAGCGGUUGAGCAGCUGACAGAUGAACAGAAAAAUGAGUUCAAGGCCGCCUUUGACAUCUUCGUACAAGAUGCAGAGGACGGUUGCAUCAGCACCAAGGAGCUGGGGAAGGUGAUGAGGAUGCUGGGCCAAAACCCCACACCAGAGGAGCUGCAGGAGAUGAUUGACGAGGUGGAUGAAGAUGGGAGUGGCACAGUGGACUUCGAUGAGUUCCUGGUCAUGAUGGUGAGGUGCAUGAAGGAUGACAGCAAAGGAAAGUCAGAGGAAGAACUGGCAGAGCUGUUUCGCAUGUUUGACAAGAACGCAGACGGUUACAUUGACCUGGAUGAGUUGAAAAUGAUGCUGGAAUCUACAGGAGAGACAAUUACUGAAGACGACAUUGAGGAGCUCAUGAAAGACGGGGACAAGAACAACGACGGCAAAAUUGACUAUGAUGAGUUCUUGGAGUUCAUGAAAGGAGUGGAGUAACCCUGAACAAGAGAAGAUCCAGAGUGUUAUUUUUGUAUUUCUCUGUGACUCCACGGUCAUCUGUGGAAAGUUGGAAGCUGACUUGGACGAUAGAAACAAUGGAACGACUUUGCAAGAUUCAGUCGAAUACUGUAGCGGAAUGUUUCUGUAUUUUUCUACCAUCUCUUGCAUUGUUGUAAAUACAGUUUGUAACUACUUUUAGAGCCCAAGUAUACUGAAUUUGUGUAAAUGUAUCUAAAUUAUUAUUAUUCUCUAUAGAGGCCAAGAUAGUAUACUAGUUUGGCUGCUUGAAACAUCAACAUUGUGUUUGUUUCUGAUUAAAUCUCAUGUCUGAAGUGCCACAGCCAGUUUACAAACCUUUUUACUGAGAGGCUGAUAUUGUUUAGCUGGGCAGAAAAUGUAUGUGUGCACAAAGCAGAACAUAUCCAUGAGUCAUCCAUGAGUUUUACACCAGACUCUGGCAGACUAUUUUUUUUUUCUUUUAGAGAAAAGUACUGGAUCUAGUCUGUAUGUUAUAUAUGUUCUGAUGUGCACAUGGUAUACAUUUCUGUGCGUUUAAGAUACCCUCAGGACUUUCUAUUGCCCCCUCAUACCCCUGGAACGCCUGCAUAUUUCUACAUGAAAAGUCUGCUUGGAAUGUGUGCCCAUGUA